CUUGGGGCGGGGCUCCCGCGGCCGCGGGCUCUGCAGUUCGGACUCCGAGCGCCACAGUCGCCGCAGUUCCCUCCACACUGGUGGCCCAGCGGGGAGUCCGAGUGGUCCUUGGACCGCUCGGAUUUGGCGCAAGGCCUGCCACGCCUCUCCCCCUCUGUGCGGCCUAGACGGUCCGGGCAGUGGGGACAUGGAGCCUUCUCCGGCCACCGGAGGCUCGGAGACCACCCGCCUAGUGAGUGCCCGAGACCGCAGCAGCGCCGGCGGCGGCCUGCGAUUGAAGAGUCUUUUCACAGAGCCCUCAGAGCCCCUGCCUGAGGAGCCCAAGCUUGAGGGGAUGGCCUUCCACCACUGCCACAAGGACCCCAUGCCUCAGUCAGGCCUCUCUCCAGAGAGGGUGCAAGCCCGGAGGCAGCUGUAUGCCGCCUGCGCUGUGUGCUUCAUCUUCAUGGCCGGGGAGGUGGUUGGCUAUACAUUUCCCCUUGCAGGUGGGUAUUUAGCACACAGCUUGGCCAUCAUGACUGAUGCCGCCCACUUGCUGGCAGACAUAGGCAGCAUGAUGGCCAGCCUCUUUUCCCUCUGGCUUUCCACUCGGCCAGCCACCCGCACCAUGACCUUUGGCUGGCACCGCUCAGAGACUCUGGGAGCUUUGGCCUCUGUGGUCUCCCUCUGGAUAGUCACUGGCAUCCUCCUGUACCUGGCCUUCCUCCGCCUGCUUCAUAGUGACUAUCACAUUGAGGCGGGUGCCAUGCUCCUGACUGCCAGCAUCGCUGUCUGUGCCAAUCUGCUAAUGGCCUUUGUGCUGCACCAGACUGGAGCCCCCCACAGCCAUGGAUCUACGGGUGCAGAGUAUGCACCUCUAGAGGAGGGGCAUGGAUAUCCAAUGUCCCUGGGAAACACGAGUGUCCGGGCUGCCUUUGUGCAUGUGCUGGGAGAUCUCCUUCAGAGCCUUGGGGUCCUGGCUGCCUCGAUCCUCAUCUACUUCAAGCCUCAGUACAAGGUAGCUGACCCCAUCAGCACCUUCCUCUUCUCCAUCUGUGCCCUUGGGUCCACAGCUCCUACGCUUCGAGAUGUUCUCCUUGUCCUCAUGGAAGGCGCCCCUCGGAGUGUGGAAUUUGAACCCGUAAGGGACACCUUGUUGUCAGUGCCGGGAGUCCGAGCGACCCAUGAUCUCCAUCUGUGGGCCCUGACGCUUACUUACCACGUUGCCUCUGCACACCUGGCUAUUGACUCCACGGCUGACCCUGAAGCUGUCCUGGCUGAAGCCUCAUCCAGGCUCUAUUCCCGGUUUGGAUUCUCCAGCUGCACCCUGCAGGUGGAGCAAUACCAGCCUGAGAUGGCCCAGUGUCUGCGCUGCCAGGAGCCCUCCCAAGCCUGAGCCUCAGCCGCACCCUCACCCCACUGCCAGGCCCAGGCUCGUGCCUGGACUCUCAGCACCUGCCUCCCAGAUCAGAAGGGACCUCUCUCUCUCCAUCUUCCACCUGCCAAAUGCCCUAGCCCGUGCUCUGGUGGCCAAGACCAAAGUGUAUAUGAAGGCAAUGGGGGGAGGGGAGGCUCAGAUUGAAUAGCUGUAAGCAGUUCAGGGGUGUGGGGCUUGUGGAAGCCCUGCCAUCCGUGCUCCACAUGGAGAGUCAUGCUUGUCCCUCUAUGAUUCAUAUGUCCCUGUGGCUGGCUAGCUGGGGACAUCUGCCUGUCUGUAUGCUGUUUGUGUGUGCCUGUGCCUGGGGAGGUCAUCAGGGGCCCCCCUCCCCAUGUGACCCUUGCUCUGUCUAUGCAGCGGCCCCAAAGCCUGCACUUUGUUUGUGUGCCCUAGUCCUGUGGUUUUGUCUGUUGUGAAUGUGUGUUCUUUGGUGCUGUGGCCUGUGUGUCCCUAUGCCUGUGUAGCUGUGCUGGUCUGUGAGGCUGCUCCACCUGUGUGUCCAUAUGGGAUCUGUCUGUCCAUCCCUGUGUCGGUGCUGUGUCCUCAGCUUUCCCCAAGGGAGAGGGAGGACUCCACUGCAGCUCCACAAAUAAAAACU